AUGUGCUUUGGCGGCGGCGGCGAGGAGCAGUGGUGGGGCUACAUUGACGACGGCAAAGGCUGGACGGCGCGCCCAAAGUCCCAGUACAUGUCGACGCCCGCCUACAACAGCGACCUGCGCCGGCACGAAAAGGCCGAGCGGCGGGCGGCCCUGCAGCAGGGCUACCACAUGCCCAAGGAGAGCAAGUACACAAGGCGGUGGUAG